AUGACGAGACCUCACAUUAUCCGCGCCGACACGAUCGACCUUCAAGAUCCCGACGCACCGUCAGCGAAAGACCACACUUCAAGAACGACCGGCUCCUUUGGCCCGCAUCAGGCAGAGACUCUUCGAGAGGUCGCGCAAGAAUCUGCCGAGGACCAAUCGCACAACCCAAGGCAGUCUUGGACGAGCCCAGGCCACGACGACAUCUCAGACUCGGACGACCUUGCGGGAGAGGUUUCCAGGAAGCUCACCACCGCCGCGAUGGACGACGCAAGCAAAAAGCAACAGCACCAGGAUGCGCUGGCCGUCGCGCAGAACGGAGGUGCGACGAACUCGGACGACGGAAACAUGGACGACACGGACGAUGACCUGGACGAUGACGACAUGAUGGACAAGAUCUCGAGUUCGCCUUCGAUUGAAGAUGCGAGGCAAGGUCCUCAUCUCCUUACCCUGAGCCCCUUCAAUACCCACAUGCAUUUCCCUCCUGGCAGCAUAGCAAGGCAUCUGCCGUUUCAGCAAAUCGUCAUCAUCUUCGUGGGUCGACAUACAAACGACGACGAACGAUACGACGAGCAAUGCACCAACGAGUACUACACCAGCAAUCAAUACGGCAUCCGGCAUACUGGUGAACCCUACAACGAAGUAGAGUAUCGGCACGAAUUCUACGAUCACUACAACGACUGGAUUUGGCAUGGCGGAAAUGUCAGGAGUCAUGAAGUAAAGUUCAGUAUGGAGAGUGUGGCACAACAUGGACCGAUUGUUGUGCGCCCGCUUCGGCUCCGCAGAUCUGAGGUACCCGGCCACGAAGACUUUGCGCAGCGACGUGCCGAGAUGGAGAAGGCAGAAAGAGAUGAGGCAGUUGGCGGGCUCGACGACAACGGCAUCCUCCUUACGGUCCCUUACGUACCCUCAAUCCACGAUGAAGAUGAUGACGAUGACGAUGACGAUGACGAUUCUCUUCCUGAUGAUUCUAGAUACAUUGUCUGUGGCUGGGGCUAUGAGUGCUUACACGAAGCAGAGGAUAUCGAUUUCGAGUUCGUUUACGCGUUACAUACCUUCGUCGCGACCGUCGAAGGCCAAGCAAAUGCCACCAAAGGCGACACGAUGGUGUUGCUGGACGACAGCAACAGCUACUGGUGGCUGGUGCGUGUUGUGAAAGACAGCAGCAUCGGCUACCUGCCAGCUGAGCACAUUGAGACGCCAACCGAGAGGUUGGCGCGCUUGAACAAGCACAGGAACAUUGACGUAGUCGCUCCCUCCAUGGAAGAGAUGAACCUUUCUGACUUAGAUCAGCUUUCUGCCACAAUGCUUGGGGACCAAGCUGGAGAGAAGUCCAAGAGCACGUUCAAGGCUGCCCUGAGGAAGAAGAAGAAGACGGUCGCAUUCGCCGCUCCGACUUUUGUCGACUAUUCGGACUACGACUAUUCUUCGGACGAGGAGGAUGUGGACGAGCUCCUCUCUCAACAAAAGGGCGCUCAGCAGCAGCAACAACAACAGCAGCAGCAACAGUCAGCCGCACAGCAAUCGACAGAGGAGAACAUGGACGACGAUACGGCCAAGGUGGAGCCUUUGAAACCCCGGGCGACGAAGGAGGUCAAGGUUGUGGAACCAGCAAAGGCGGAAGAGGCACCAGAAGACGACUCGAAGCGAGACAGCGGCGAAAUCUUUGAGAAGCCUGAAGGCCCCAGUCGGUCGAGGAACGGCACCGUCAGGAACACCGACUCUUUCUUUAAGGACGAAACCGUCGAGACCAAGAAGAUCACGCUUACGCCUAACUUGCUUCGUGACGACAGCGGCUCGCGACCUUCGACGACGGAAAGUGUUCAGGUCAAGCAAAGACCGAGCCUGGACAAGAUUGACAAGGAGCUGCAGCCGGACAAGAAGGAGGAUAAGAAGAAGAAGGACAAGAAGGAGAAGGAGAAAAAGACGAGCACGAUUCGGAGUUUCUUCUCGCGUAAGGACAAGAAGAAGUCUACCGAUGACGAUGACGAGUCUUUCGGCAAGAGAUCGAUGGACAUUGUUACGGAAUCCCAAGAUCGCGAGGAGGAGGAACUCAAGGAGCCAUUGUCACCGCGAGGAGACGGUCCGCAACGGAACCCCAGCAACAAGCUCCAGAAGCAGCAGCCAAGGGUGGAACCGUCGCCUUCGAGGAAGUCCGGGGCUUCUACGCCACAGAAGUCUGCCACCCGAGAACUGUCCGAAUUCAUUUCGUCCGAAGGACGGCCUAACAACGUCUCAAACGUCCCGCCUGCCUCUAUGCGUAUCGUCGAGGACGACUCGUCGGACCCAGAUGUCGCAGCCCAACAGCAACGCAUCAAGUCUCCCGAGACGACUCGGUCGCCACCGCAAGAAAAGUCGUCGCUGUCCAAGAUCAUUCCCUCACGGAAUGGUAGCAGCGACAAGCCACAGAAGGUCACCAAGGCUAAGUCUCGAGUGGAGCUCGAUGACUUCGACUCUUCUUCGGGAGAAGAGGUGGAGCCCGCUCCCGCCGAGCCGCCGGUGCAGCAACAAGCCGCGCAGAUUACAAAGGAAGAGAAGGCGGCCCGACCCUUGCCUGGAGCGUUCCCCGACAGCUACAUGAGCACCCAGAGCGGUGCGAGCGCUCAAACCGACAGGACGGCUACUCCCACGCAUCCUCAACAACCUCAACCUCAGCCCACUGCUGCAGAACGGGAAAGGGAUCGUCUUUCCGAGUCACCUGUGCAAGUUUCGCCAAUGACCCCCAACAACCCGCCUGCACUCAUGGUGGACACCUCGAGCCAGGAAGGCCACUCCACGUCGCCAUCGCCGGAGCUUAUCGAAGCUGAGGAGGCGGGAAGACAUCGCGCGCAGGAUUCGAUGACGGCCAGUUCCACCUCGACAGGCGGAAGCACCACGGGCAGUAGCUGGAACGACACAAAGCUUCGGGCCUUUUUCGAUUCUAGCUCCGAUAUCCGAGACAUGCUGGUGGUGGUUUACGACAAGAGCGAUGUGCCACCUGCUGGGCCGGAACACCCCGUUGCAGGCUCCCUGUUCAGGGAACAAAACGCCAAGCUGGCGGAAAUUACAACGCAACUUGACAACAUGCUUGGCGACUGGUUAGCACGCAAGCAAAGACUUAGAGGCACUGUAUAA